CGAAACUCACUAGUUGCUAGGGUUGGGACGAUAUCGAUAAAACCGAUAAUAUCGAUAUUGUCGUGUGAUUUUUCUCGGUACGAUAUUUGAUAUGUACUUCUACAGGAAUAUCGAUUAUCGAUAAUACAUAUUGGACAAAUUGGAAACCCUGCCAUUCAUCUGUCAAAAAUUUUCACUGACGAAAGUAUAAACCGCGCGUUUUAAAAUGUCAGAAGUGUGGAACUAUUUUAUUAAAACUAACAUAACUUUUGCAGAAUGUAAAAUCUGCCACACAAACGUUCCUCGUAGAGGUAAUACAACUAAUUUAAAAGUUCAUUUACAAAAACAUCCAAACAAGGAAAAAGCACUCGAAUGUACUGUAAAAAAAAGUGAUAGUUUGCAUCUUCCUAGUUCGAGCAACACUAAAACAUUGGAUGAUAUUUUUAGGGAAUCCGAGUUAUGGACAGAUCAGGGUUCAAAAACUAAAGCGAUCGACAAUGCCAUUGCUUUCAUGGUCGUAAAGGACUACCAACCAGUUUCAGUUCUAGAAACAUCAAACGUCACGCUUACCGCAGACAUAUGGACAGAUAGUCAUACAACACGUAGCGAUUUAGGAAUGACCUGCCACUUUUUCAACAGUUCAAUCAUUGCGAAUCUUCAAACCAUCGAUCUUGGAGUGUAUCCUCUAUACGAGUGGCAUCAGAGUUUCUAUAUAUCAUCAUGUUUUGAAGAGAUUAUCAAACAGUGGAGCAUUUCGAAAGAUCAGGUGAGCUUCGUUGUUACAGAUCAUGCUGCGAAUAUGGUGAAAGCAGUUGUUGCGCUUUUACCGCAAAUAAGCAAACUGGAUGUGCUGCACACGCUGUUAAUCUUGUUGCAAAGAAGGCUAUUGAUCACACAGAGAACCUUGCUGAUUUGUUAGAAAAGGUAAAGAAGAUUGUCGGCUUCUUCAGACGUUCAACAUCUGCCAGUGACAGUUUGCAAAAAGCUCAAAUAGAGAACGGACAAACGCCAUUAAAAAUUUGCUCAUUUGUACCCACCAAAUGGAACUCGGAGUUCUUGAUGAUCAAACGGUUUGUAAGUCUUUAUAGUCACAUUGAAACUGUGAUGAAAAAUCAGGAUCGUAUGAGGAAAUGGUUUCACAAAAGGACAAACACAUUUUAGAAGAAGUAAUGGAGAUUUUGGAGCCUUUAAAUGGAGUGACUGAAGAUCUGAGUGAUGAAAAAUAUUCGAGGCUUAGCCGGGUGAUACCAAUAAUUAAUUGCUUAACGAGAGCAAUGGAACAAAUAAAACCGAAAACAGUUUGUGGAAAAGAUUUAAAAUCGCAGCUUUUGAAAGAAGUUAAGAACAAGUUUGACAGUUUUAGAGUUUCGUCUGUUUAAGCCAUGAGUACGCUGCUAGAUCCAAGAUUCAAAGAUUUACACUUUAAGAAUAUGCAGGAGAUUGAAUUAGCGAAGCAUGAGAUAAUCAAACUCGUUAUACCAGAUUCAGACGCAAGCUCUGUUUCAGAUGAAGAUUAUGAAGGUGUUGAUGAGGCUCCUACAAAGAUGUUCAAAAAAAGUUGCGUAUGGAGCCAUCACGAGGGUAUGGUGGAGAGAUAUAAAAACCGAAACAUAUUUCUGAGAAAACCGGCCGCCGUGACGAAGGAACUCGACAUAUAUCUGGGUAGUGGAAUAGAACAGGUGGACUCGAACAUUUUUCGAUACUGGGAGGAGAAGAAGAACGCGUUUCCUCUGAUUUAUAAAGCGGCAAUGCAAUUGCUUCCUAUGUUGUCAACAUCAGUUCCUUCUGAACGUUUGUUCUCGAAAGCGGGUCGUAUUCUAUGUGACUCAAGUAGCCGUAUUGAUCCUGAAAGAGUUAACCGAAUCACUUUUUUGCAUAACGUUAAUGUAAAUGACUUCAUGUUUAAUUAGGCAAACCUAUGUUACUGCUUAAUAAGAUUUAAAAGUAUGAUCUUUUACGGAAAAAAUAUGAACGGGCUACUCAUACAAAUGCUUUCUUUCAA